AACAAUUUUCGACACAUCACUUAAAACAUGGUAUUACAUAUCAACACCUCAGAAAAACACAUAUCUUAUGUGAAUCAACCAGGAAGCUGGGUGACAAAAGAAUAUUUGCAAGAUAUAUUACGAUCAUAUAAACAAGAUUGUACACUUACAAUCGAAAAAUUAAAAUUUUCACCUGUUACAGAAAAGGGAGAAAGUUAUGGUGGUGUUAUUACUAGAGCUGAAAUAGAAUUCGCGAGUGAAAAAAAUUUAAGAUCAAUUAUUAAUGUUGUGAUUAAAACUGCAUUUGAAGACAAUAAAUUUGCAAUGAAUAUUCUUCAAGACUUUGAUGUUUUUAAUAGAGAAAUGAAAAUUUAUAACGAUAUUCUACCUAAACUAAAUAAUUUAUUAAAAGAUGCAAAAAUUGAUGAAUUUUUAUUUGGCGAGGCUUUACAUAUAGAUUUUGAAAAUUUCACUAUGAUAUUUGAAGACUUAUGCUCAAAAAAUUUUAAAACUGCUAAUCGACUAAAUGGUCUAGAUUUUCAACAUGCAAAAAUUUCAAUACGAAAACUAGCAAAAGUACAUGCAGCAGCUGCUGUUCUAAAUGAACAAAAUCCAACUAUAUUUAAUAAGGGCUAUAACGUUGGUUUUUUCACACGCGAAACUAAUUCUUACAAUGAUUUUUUUAACACAAUAUUUAAGUCAUGUAUAGAUACGAUUUAUGAAGAUUUAGGUCAAAUGUAUCACAUAUAUGCAAAGAAAAUGGAAUUACUUUUUCCAAAUUUAAUGGAACUGGGGCGUAAAUGUUUUGAUCCUAGUCCAGCUCAAUUCAAUACAUUUAUACAUGGUGAUAUUUGGCAAUCAAAUUUAAUGUUCCAGUAUUCAAGUUCUGCAAAUAAACAGAAUGUUACUGACGCAGUAUUAAUUGAUUUUCAAUUUUCUUGUUUUUCACCAAAUGUAAUUGAUUUACAAUAUUUUUUUAAUAUAGCACUUACAGAAGAUGUAAAACGUGCCAAUCAAGAAGAUUUAUUAAAAUAUUAUUAUGAGAUAUUUUCAGAAAGUUUAAAAAAGCUUAAAUUCAGGGGCAAAAUUCCAGCAUUAAAUGAAUUCUACAUUAAUUUUCUUAAAAGAGACUUUUAUGGGUUUAUUGUAACAUGCAUCAAUCAACCAAUUGCACUAAAUGAAAGUCCGGAAGUCGAUUUUCAUGCCGUUCAUGGCACAAACGAGCAUGCCAUACAAUGUAAAAAGUUGAUGUUCAAAAAUAAAAGAAUUCAAGAUAAUUUAAGGUAUUGGUUACCAAUUUUCGAUAGGAAAGGUUUAUUAGACUUAAAAGUUAAUACAAUUACGUAAAUGAUUCACAUUAAGUGUUUUUUUAAGUUUAAAAAAACGAACAGAAAUGAUGUCAUAUUAAAACAUUAUAAAAUUUAUAGUUAAGAUAUACUACAUUUACAACUAUUAAAUCUUUCAACUUAAAUUUCUUGAAAAAAUUUUUUGCUGUUGUAGAAAAUCUACAUUGAAAUUUUUUUAGAAAUUUCUUAA